AUGGAGAUCAAGGCCCAACCACUAGGAUUUUAUAACAAUGUUACCUACGAGCUGGAACAAGGAAACCCACCUCGCAAACAGAAUUUGGAACAGUCAACAAUGAAGGGCCGUGGCAGUAGAAAUCAGGCAUGUGUUGUUGUAAUAGUUUUUCUAGUCGUACUCAAUGGUUCUAUCAGAGCUUCCACAGCAGCAGAAACCAACACAACAGCAGAAACCACAAGUACAACAGAAGACCCUGACAGCACAACAGAAAUGCUUACUAAAACAACAGAGCAACCAUCAUCAACCACAGCUAAUACACCAACAACAGACACAACAGAGCUGUCUACAUUGAACACAACAGAAACACAAACAACAGUCGGUGUUGAUCCAGCUUUAUUAACCACAUCCGAACUGUCAACAACAGACACAACAGAACCUCCUUCAUCAAUCUCACCUGAACAAACUACUGAAAAUUCCACAGAAACUCCCUUAUCAACCACACCUGAACAGCCAACGACAAACACAACAGAACACGCUACAGAACCAACAACUUUAUCUUUGGAAUCAUCUACAGUAGUAACUAUUACAGAUCCAAAUGAAAUGACAUUUUAUGGGAGUGUUAACAUGGGUACUUUGUGUAAUCAAUCCAAUGAAACAACCGACAGAAAUAAAAUGCAUGCGGCGCUGACUGAAAUCUUCAAUUCUACACCAGGAUUUAAAAGAUUGGAGGUAUCUGUUGCAAUAUGCCCAAACACCUUUACCUUAGUCAUUAAUAGAACGUUAAGUGAAGAGGCCCAAAGCAACUUUUCUAUGUCAAUUCAUAUGAUGUUAACUCAGCAAAUGUACAUAACAUUCGAAGGACAGCAAUACUCAGUGGAUGAAGUUACCACAACAGAUUACAAUAAACAAGCAGCAAUAUUUACAAAUACAUCUGAACCCUGUGAUGUUUUCUUGGCCAUAAAACCUUGCCCGACUGGAAAUUGUAUUCAGAUUGGAAAUGUCCUGGAAUGCAGGAACGUGACAGCAACAACAGACACACCAGAAUCGCCGUCAUCAACUACAUCUGAACAGUCUACAACAAACGCUACAGAACCUGCUUUAUCUACUGCACCUGAACAGUCUACAACAAACGCUACAGAACCUGCUUUAUCUACUGCACCUGAACAGUCUUCAACAAACGCUACAGAGUCUGCAUUAUUAACCACACCUGAACAGUCUUCAACAAACGCUACAGAGUCUGCAUUAUUAACCACACCGGAACAGUCUUCAACAAACGCUACAGAGUCUGCAUUAUUAACCACACCGGAACAGUCUUCAACAAACGCUACAGAGUCUGCAUUAUUAACCACAACGGAACAGCCUACAACAAACGCUACAGAAUCUGAUUUAUUAACCACACCAGAACAACCCACAGUAAACACUUCAGAAACUGUAUUAUCAACAACUGAACAGUCUACAACAAACCAUUCAGAACCAUCUUCAUUAACCACACCAGAACAGCCUACAACAAACGUUUCAGAACUUUUUUUAUCAACAACACCUGAACAGUCUACAACAAACGCUUCAGAAUCAUCUUCAAUAACUACACCAGAACAGCCUACAACAAACGUUACUGAAUCUGAUUUAUUAACCACACCAGAACAACCCACAGUAAACACUUCAGAAGCUUUAUUAUCAACAACUGAACAGUCUACAAAUAACCAUUCAGAACCAUUUUCAUUAACCACACCAGAACAGCCUACAACAAACGUUUCAGAACUUGUUUUAUCAACAACACCUGAACAGUCUACAACAAACGCUUCAGAAUCAUCUUCAAUAACUACACCAGAACAGCCUACAACAAACGUUACUGAAUCUCUUUCAUCAAUCACACCUGAACAGCUUACAACAAACACUACAGAGCCUGCUUUAUCAGCCACAUCAGAACAGCCUACAACAAACGCAACAGAACCAUCUUCACCAACAACACCAGAACAGACUACAAUAAACGCUACUGAAUCUCUUUCAUCAACCACACCAGAACAGCUUACAACAAACGCUACAACAUCAGAACAGACUACAAAAAACGCUACAGAACCAUCUUCACCAACCACUCCAGAACAGCUUACAGCAAACGCUACAGAACCACCUUCAUCAACCACACCAGAACAGCCUAUAACAAACGCUACAGAGCAUUUUUUAUCAACAAUACCAGAACAGUCUACACUUAACGCUACAGAACCAUUUUCAUUAACCACACCUGAACAGCUGACAACAAAUGCUACAGAACCAGCGUUAUCAACUACACCAGAACAACCCACAACAAACAACACAGAACCUGCUUCAUCAACAAUACCUGAACCAUCUUCAAUGAACACUACAGAACCACCUUCAACAACCUCACCAGAACAGUCUACAACAAACGCUACAGAACCCCCUUCUUCAACCACACCAGGACAGGCUACAACAAAAACUACAGAACCUUCUUUAUCAACCUCACCAGAAAAGCCUACAACAAACGCCACAGAACCUUCUUUAUCAACCACACCAGAACAGUCUACAAUAAACAUGACAGAACCUCCUUCAUCAACCACACCAGAACAGCCUACAACAAACGCUACAGAGCGAUCUUCAUCAACCACACCAACACAGCCUAAAACAAAUAUGACAGAACCUCCUUCAUCAACCACACCAGAACAGCCUUCAACAAACGCUACAGAACCAUCUUCAUCAACCACAACAACACAGCCUACAACAAACAUAACAGAACCUCCUUCAUCAACUACACCAGAACAGCCUACGACAAACGCUACAGAAUUUUCUUCAUCAACCACACCAGAACAGCCUACAACAAACGCUACAGAGCCAUCUUCAUCAACCACACCAACACAGCCUAAAACAAACAUGACAGAACCUCCUUCAUCAACCACACCAGAACAGCCUACAAUAAACGCUACAGAACCAUCUUCAUCAACCACACCAACACAGCCUACAACAAACAUAACAGAACCUCCUUCAUCAACUACACCAGAACAGCCUACGACAAACGCUACAGAAUUUUCUUCAUCAACCACACCAGAACAGCCUACAACAAACGCUUCAGAGCCAUCUUCAUCAACCACACCAACACAGCCUACAACAAACUUGACAGAAUCUCCUUCAUCAACCACACCAGAACAGCCUACAAUAAACGCUACAGAACCUGCUUCAUCAACCACACCUUACCAGCCUAAGACAAACACUUCAGAAGCAUCUUCAUUAACCACACCUGAAACCCUAACAGUAAAUUCUACACAAUCUCUUUCACCGACCACACCACAACAGCCUACAACGAACACCACAGAAUCGCCUUCAUCAGUCACACCUGAACCGCCCGCGACAAACACUACAGAAUCCUCUACAUCAGGAUAUACGACAGAUCCAAAUGAAAUGACAUUUUCUGGAAGUGUAUACAUUAAUGCUUUGUGUGAUCAAUCGAAUGGAUCAACCACCAGAACUAAAAUGCAUGCAGCGCUGACGGAAAUUUUCAGUUCUACACCAGGUUUUAAAAGAUUGGAGGUAUCUGUCGCAAUAUGUCCUAACAUCAACACCAGCUUUAUCAUAGUCGUAGAUAAAACAUUCGGUAAAGAAGCCAAAAGCAAUAUUUCUCUUACAAUUCAUGUGAUGUUAAAUCAACAACUGAACAUAACAUUUGAUGGGCUUCAGUAUACAGUAGAUGAAGUGACCGUAACAGAUUAUAAUGGACAAACAGCAAAAUUUACAAGUACAUCUUAUCCCUGCGAGAUUUUUACCGCCAUAGAACCAUGUGCUAAUGGAGACUGCACUCAGGUUGGAAAUGAUCUAAAAUGCAUGAAUGUGACAGCAACCACAGAUAUGACAACUUCUUCAGAAUUUAUUACGACAACUGAACCACCAAUGACAACAUAUACGGAACCACCUUCAACAACUACAUUAAAUGAUUCAUCCAUAUCUACAGAACCAUCUACAACAAUUACAUUUGAUAAUGCAACCUCAUCUACAGUAACACCUACUCAAAUUACAGCUGAUGAUAAUGCAACUUCAUCUACAGUAGCACCUACUAAAAUUACAGUUGAGGAUAAUGCAACUAUAUCUACAAGAGCACCUUCACCAAUUACAACUGAUAAUUUAACCACAUCUACAGAACCACCUACACCAAUUACAACUAGUUCAACCACAUUUGCAGAACUGCCUACAACAAUUACAGCUGAUAACGCAACCAUAUCUACUGAACUACCAACAACGGCUACAGCAGACGGUUCAACCAUAUCUACAGAGCCAUCUACAUCUACUACAAUAGAUGUUGCAACAUCGUCUACAGAACCACGAAUAACGACCAUAUUUGAUACAGUACCAUCCACAACAAUUACCUUUGAUACAAAACCAUCUACAGAAUCAACGUCGACAACUACAACUUAUAAUAUAACAACUUCUACAAAAUCACCUUCGACAUCUUCAACAUUUGUUUCAAUUACGUCUUCAGAACCACUAACAACAACUGUAGCAGAUGGUUUAACGACAUCUACAGAAUUACUUUCGACAACUUUAUCAUAUGAUUCAACCACAUCUUCAGAACAAUCUACAACUAGUGCAUAUAAUUUAACAUCUACAGAAUCACUUAUAUCAACAGCAGAAGAUGGUUCUACUACAGAAUCACCAACGACAACUAUUGGGUCACCGACAACUUCUACAACAGAGUCACUGACAACAUCCACAACAGAGUCACCGACAACAUCCACAACAGAGUCACCGACAACAUCCACAACAGAGUCACUAACAGCAACCACAACAGAGUCAGCGACAACAUCAUCAACAGAGUCAGCGACAGCAUCCACAACACAGUCACCAGCAACUUCCACAACAGAGUCAUCGACAACAUCCAUUACAGAGUCAUCGACAACAUCCACAACAGAGUCACCUACUUCCACAACAGAGUCACCGACAACAUCCUCAACAGAGUCAUCAACAACAUCCACAACAGAGUCAUCGACAACAUCCACAACAGAGUCAUCGACAACAUCCACAACAGAGUCACCAAGAACAUCCACAACAGAGUCACCUACUUCCACAACAGAGUCACCUACUUCCACAACAGAGUCAUCGACAACAUCCACAACAGAGUCAUCGACAACAUCCACAACAGAGUCACCAACAACAUCCACAACAGAGUCACCUACUUCCACAACAGAGUCACCUACUUCCACAACAGAGUCAUCGACAACAUCCACAACAGAGUCAUCGACAACAUCCUCAACAGAGUCAUCGACAACAUCCUCAACAGAGUCAUUGACGACAUCCACAACAGAAAUUGAAACAACAACCACAACAGAAUUGUCCACAACACCUACAACACAGCUGCCAACUACUACAACCACCUCCACCACGCAGCCGCCUACCACCACCCCCACCACGCAGCCACCUACUACCACAACCACUCAAACUGUAACAACAACAACAACAACUCAAACACCACCAACAAGAGAGCCUGCCGUCAAUGAACCUCUUCCUUUUGGUUCCACUGAAGACUUUUCAAUCACUGGAGAUGAUGUAACAUCUGAACGUCUAACAUCUCCUAUGACAUUACAAAUUGGUGACGGGACAACUAGUGGAUUCAAUUAUGUUGUUAUCGGUACAAACGGCAUUAUUGGGCUUGGAGAAAGAUACAACAGUUUUUCAAUUGAAGAUCUCAAUCGUUUAGAAACAUUUAAUCGAAGAAUUAUCUGUCCAUUUUGGGUAGACUUAGUAGCUGAGGGAGGAUUAAAUUCUGCUGUAUACUACAACGUGUAUAAAAGGGAGAAUCAGAAUGAUGCAGCAAUAUUAAACAGAGUUGAUAAAAUAAUCCAGACGUUCUUUGACGAUUUUAAAAGUUUCAAAUCCUCCAUCGUCUACAAAGUAACGUGGUAUAAUAUGACGUUUUUCACGGACAGAACAAAGGUACUGUAA